CAAACUGACGAGUUUGGGAGUUCUAGUGUUAAGAGCUUUAAAUAACUGUCUUUUAAAGUAACUGUCUGAAUUCAGCCUGUUUUGUCCCUUUAUUCUUAUUUGGGUAUAUUUUGGGGUUUGUUUUCUCUCUAGAUUUGUAAAGGACAUUAAGUUGAAAUCCCGAGCGGAUGUUGUGCUUGAAACACUUCCGGUGGCGUAACGCCGAUCCUAAAACUUCAGCCCGGUUCUGUGCGGAAAAUCCGACUCCUUUCGGCCGGGGAGCCGCCAGAAUGACUACGAGGAACACUUAACGGGGACCGGGGACCCACGGAGCCUCGGGAAGUCUUUGAGAUGCUCUCUCGUCCACUGACAGAGACAUAUGGCAGGGGGCCUGACCUGGCAGCAGAAACCCCGCCCCCUGAUGUGCCUUUGGCUGAUGCAAAUGAGGCUGCAGCAGGAGAUCUCUCUCCACUGCUCUCUACACCCCGUCCUCCUCCUGCUGCCCCCUGCUGCUCCUGCGUCACGCUUCUGCCCCGCCUCCUGGCCGCUCAUCGGAUGGAGGUGCGACACCUCCUGCGAGGAGCUUUGGCUUCCCUUGGCCGCCGUCUGGAUUCUCUAGAGAGGAGGAGCAGGAGGAACCGGAGGAGGAAGAAACAGAGAAGUGAAGGAGGUACACCUGCUGUCGUCUGCAGCUCCUCCUCCUCUUACACAUCUGCCCCCUUGCCACAUGUCAUUACCUCCUCCUAUUCAUCAUCAUCCGCCUCUUUAUUAGACAUCAACAACCCGCCUGCUUCCUGCAGCUUCAGCCAAUCAGACCAGAGUAGGGGGAGCAAUGAAGAAAAGGAGGCGAGGAGGAGAAGCCACGAAGGCUUCAUUCUUCCAGGAAACGGAGGGAAAAAUGAGAAAGAGGAGGAGAAGGAGAGGUUUGUGGGUCAGAUGACGGUCUCCUUCAUAGGAGCAGAAGGAGCUAAGGAGGAGUCACUGCUCAUCCCCAACCAGAGGAAACGCAGACGAAGAGAGGGAGGAGCCAGCCAAUCAGAGAAAGCCUUCAGUGUACUGGUCAGGAAGAACGGUUACAGCUCCUACUUCCAGCAUGCAGUGCUUCAUCUCCAGUCAGCUGUGAUUGGUCAGACCCACAACCAAUCAAAAGGCAUCUCUGUGUCCUUUGGACAGUGGAAGUUUUCUGACAUCAUCGCUCCCCUGUCCCACAAUCACAUCGGUUGUGACCCCUGGCUCCAAAAGACCACCUUAAGCUUUAACCCCACCCCUAUGCUGCACCUGUCAGCAGUUGCCAUGGAGGCUGUGUCAGACUGGGUAAAGAGUGGAGCCUGUUGGAGUCCUCUGCGCCCUCUGAGGGACUGGACGGCCCCGCCCAGUAUGAGCAGUGACCACUGUUACAUAAGAAGACAGACAACAAGCUCUACAGGUUCUGUCCAAGGUCAGCAGAAACACCUAUCUAAUCACAGUACCCGGAGCCUGCAGUUGCCCAGGCGACGAGCCUCGCCCCUGCCUUUAUUUUCAGCCAAUGGGAUGUCUGCUUCACUCCAUGCUGACCAAUCAGCAGCACUCUCAGAGUUUCACAGUACAAAUUUGAAGCUUAGUAAACGAGUGUCGCAGAUCAGAAUACGACGGGCAUCGCCACGGGAAACCCCACUCACACCAAUGGGACUGCCCAAAGUUAAACGGUUAAAGAAGAAAGAGUUCAGUCUGGAGGAGAUAUACACCAACAAGAACUACGACCCCCCCCCCAACAUCAGGAGCCUUGAAACAAUCUUUGAGGAGCCUCGGGAAAAGGAUGGAGCACUGCUCCUGAUUGGCCAGCAGAAGCGGCGCCGGCUCCUCCUCUUCCCUGACUUCACUCAGCCCAGGAAGAGGAAGAAGCCCCAAGGGGUGGGACUUCCUGUUUCCUUGGUGCCCAGAAAACGGGCGGCAGUGCGGCGACACAUCCACGGUAGUGGAUUGGAUGACAGUGGUGACCUGGAUGUGAUGCUGGUGGAGCGGCUUAGUGAGCUUGAAGACUUCCUCACACAGCACGGCCUGGACAUGUGAGCUGUGUGUGACAUCAUUUCCUGUCAGCUGACUAAAGGCUAGGCAACAAUAUUAAUGAUGUCAGGUGCUGUAUAAGCACAUUCUUACAGAGGUGAAGCCUGCAACAUGAAAAAUUAAAAACAGGCACCGCCCCUGUGGACAAAUAAACUCAUCCAACCGCCUGUCUCGGUGGUACUCUGUGGUACUCUGUAGUACCCUGUGGUAAUACCGGGAGUGUUUUGAACUGUGACCUUUAUUUCUGAUGAAAAUUGUAUUUUUGAAAUAAAUAAAGUUUGAUUCUUCUCUGAAA